CUCACACUUUCAAGUUCCCUUGGAGGGAGAGGAGGUGGGGCUGCAGAAAGAGGAGGCCAGGAGCAGUUCCAUCCGUCCCGUCCCGUCUCCCCCUUUUCCUCUUGCUCCCUGCACCCUGGCUCUGCGAGAGUUGAGGGUUCGGGUGGUAGUCCGCGGCAGUGAGGGCAAGAGGGUCAGGAGAGUGGGCAGCGGAGCCAGGGGUGCGGGGGAAGAUGCCCAUCCUGCUGUUCCUCAUAGACACGUCCGCCUCUAUGAACCAGCGCACUGACUUGGGCACCUCCUAUUUGGACAUUGCCAAAGGCGCUGUGGAGUUAUUCUUGAAGCUGCGCGCCCGGGACCCGGCCAGCCGCGGAGACAGGUACAUGCUGGUCACCUACGACGAACCUCCGUACUGCAUCAAGGCUGGUUGGAAGGAAAAUCACGCAACAUUCAUGAGUGAACUAAAAAAUCUUCAGGCUUCUGGACUGACUACUCUUGGUCAGGCUCUAAGAUCCUCAUUUGAUUUGUUAAAUCUCAAUAGAUUAAUAUCUGGAAUAGACAAUUAUGGACAGGGGAGAAAUCCAUUUUUUUUAGAACCAUCUAUUUUAAUUACCAUCACAGAUGGAAACAAGUUAACGAGUACUGCUGGUGUUCAAGAAGAGCUUCAUCUCCCUUUGAAUUCUCCUCUGCCCGGAAGUGAACUAACCAAAGAACCUUUUCGUUGGGAUCAAAGGUUAUUUGCCCUGGUGUUGCGUUUGCCUGGAUUGGCUUCCAUGGAACCCGAGCAAGUAGGGAGUGUACCGACUGAUGAGUCCGCCAUCACACAGAUGUGUGAAGUCACAGGAGGUCGCUCCUACUGUGUGAGAACACAAAGGAUGUUGAAUCAGUGUUUAGAAUCUCUAGUUCAGAAAAUUCAGAGCGGCGUAGUUAUUAACUUUGAAAAAACGGGACCAGAUCCACUUCCUGUCGGAGAAGAUGGACUUAUGGAUUCAGCCAGGCCAAGCAAUUCAUUUGCUGUUCAACCAUGGCACAGCUGUCAUAAGCUCAUUUAUGUACGACCUAACUCUAAGACUGGUGUUCCUGUUGGACAUUGGCCAAUUCCAGAAUCUUUUUGGCCAGAUCAGAAUUUACCUUCACUACCUCCACGAACAUCUCAUCCUGUUGUGAGGUUCUCCUGUGUAGAUUGUGAGCCAAUGGUAAUAGACAAACUUCCUUUUGACAAAUAUGAACUUGAACCUUCACCCUUAACUCAGUACAUCCUGGAACGAAAGUCUCCCCAUACCUGCUGGCAGGUAUUUGUUACUAGCAGCGGAAAAUACAAUGAACUUGGCUAUCCAUUCGGUUAUUUAAAAGCCAGUACGACUUUAACUUGUGUAAACCUCUUUGUGAUGCCGUACAACUACCCGGUUUUACUCCCUCUUUUAGAUGACUUGUUUAAAGUUCACAAGCUUAAGGCAAAUCUGAAGUGGCGACAGGCUUUUGACAGCUACUUAAAAACUCUGCCUCCGUACUACUUAUUACCAUUAAAGAAAGCACUAAGGAUGAUGGGAGCUCCAAAUCUGAUAUCAGAUAAUUUAGAUUGUGGACUUAGUUACAGUGUUAUCUCUUACCUUAAAAAACUCAGCCAACAGACCAAACUAGAGUCAGAACGAAUACUAGCAUCCGUGGGGAAGAAACCUCCCCAGGAAAUUGGAAUCAGAGUGAAAAACCAUUCUGGAGUUGGCGUGUCCUUGACGCACAGUAAAAAUUUUAGAAAACUGUUGAAAGAAAUCAUAGGGGAAAGUGCACCAAGACUGACAGAAUUGAAUACCAAAGAAUUUGCUGGCUUCCAGUUAGGGCUCUUAAACAAGGAUUUGAAACCUCAGACAUAUAGAAAUGCUUAUGAUAUUCCGCGUAGAGGUCUUUUAGACCAGUUAACGAGAAUGAGAUCCAAUCUCCUGAAGACACACAAGUUUAUUGUGGGACAAGAUGAAGAUUCCCUUCAUAGCAUUCCAGUGGCACAAAUGGGUAACUAUCAGGAGUAUCUAAAGACAUUGGCUUCCCCCCUUCGAGAGAUUGAUCCUGAUCAACCAAAAAGACUGCAUACUUUCGGCAACCCAUUCAAACAAGAUAAGAAGGGAAUGAUGAUUGAUGAAGCAGAUGAGUUCGUAGCAGGGCCACAAAACAAAGUGAAGCGUCCGGGAGAAGCCAGCAGUCCUCUGUCAUCUAAGAGAAGGCGGAGUAUGUCCCUGCUGUUGGCGAGACCACAAACACCACCUACUGUAACUAACCACGUGGGCGGCAAGGGACCACCCUCAGCCUCGUGGUUACCAUCUUAUCCAAACCUCCUAAAACCCACCCUUGUCCAUACAGACGUUACGGUCAUUCCUGAGGUCCACGAGGAGAAGAUGGAAAAUGGUCAGCUCACGCCUGAUGGCUUCCUGUCAAAACCUGCUCCGCCAGAGCUUAUGAAUACGGCAGGAGAUGGUAUUCCACACAACCAGUUGGAUUCUCUGUCUGAUGACUUUGCUAGUCUGAGGAAGGAUGGCCUGAUUCACAAACCUGGGACUAACGCAAUCCUAGGGGGAAGCAAAAGUGGCAGUGUCUCUGUAGAGGAUCGGAAAGUCUCAGGAACAUCUGCUUUGGGAACUGUAGCAAACGCUUUGCAGAUAACUCCUGCCAUGGCACAAGGAAUCAAUGCUGAUAUAAAACAUCAGUUAAUGAAGGAAGUUCGGAAAUUUGGACGAAAGUACGAAAGGAUUUUCAUUUUGCUUGAAGAAGUGCAAGGGCCUCUUGCAGUCAAGAAACAAUUUGUUGAAUUUACCAUCAAGGAAGCCACAAGGUUUAAAAGACGAGUCUUAAUCCAGUACCUGGAGAAGGUCCUAGAAAAAAUAGACUCCCACCACCACCUCAACAAUGUUAAUCAUAUCAACAGCCGAUCAUCGUGUUAAUACAAAGACCAAGGAGAAAAAAGGGCAAGUUCUCCGUGCUAUAGGAUGGAACAGAAUAUUGUUAAAGCUUCCUAGCAUGUUUUGGCCAAGGGAAUUGCCUUCCUGAAGCUAAGAAAAAGCCAUGAAGCUUUUAUUAUUAUUAUUAUUAUUUUUUUAAUUUUAUGAGUCUCUGGAAGUAAAAGGUGGCUCUUGCCCUAAGAGUUUUCCUUGAAAGUAUUCGUUUGUUGUUUUGUUGUUUCUUUUCCCAGUUGAGGAAGGUGAUAUUGUUAAUUCUGCAGGUUUAUUUCAGUAAACACUGUCACCCCUACUAGAUGUGAUAAGGGUUUCCUCCUUGGAGCUUUGUUGUUCUGGGUGUUUCCAGAGUGACUAAGGGCCCCCUGUAAGUGGAGCACUGCUCGGUGCCCUUACUACGUCCUCCAGAAAAGAAUAGGUGUUCAGAAGCCAACUGGUCAUCUUGUGCGUGCCGAACAAAGUUUUCAACAAUUCCUAGUUGUGCCUUUUAAACCAUGCAGUAUUCAGGACAGUUUGAAGCAAAGAGUAAGAAAGCUGCUAUUCGGGUAACUUAUUUCUCUGUGGGAGGGGGCAGGGAGAGUCACAAACGAUCUACCUCCAACUCUCUUCUAUUUUGUCUAGAGACAUCACCAAGUGCACCUGAGGCUACCCCAACCCUGACAUUUGUUCUUGCAUGUAACGCCAGAAAGUCUUCAGGUGGACUUGGACAUUCUGUGCUUUGAAAGCACUAAAAGAAAAAAAAAUCAUGUAUAUAGUUCCUUUAAUGUUUAUACAAAGGUUUAUAUGGAGCAGUAUUGUGAUGUCUGUAUUAAUUUGCAAAAAUUUUAAGUGUACAAAGAUAUUUUGAGUUUGUGUAUAUAAAAUAAAUCAUUUUAUGGAUUUU